AGUAGUGUGGCGACCGCCUCGCAAGACAGACAACCGGCGGUGUCUCUACAUGUCAAAUUUCGUCGCGAAAAGAGUUCGCGAGUGGUUGUUAAUAAUUCGCUUGCGUGCAUUAACUUACUCAAAAAGGUCUUUUCACGAAGGGCGUGAAAAAACGUGUCGUGUGCGGUGGCAGAUUUUUCCAAGAGGCGAGGCGUUGGGUGCGCGCUAAACAAAGAUGGCGGACGACUCGAGGGUAGAUCGUUCUGACCCGGAAUUGCGUAUCCUCUCUGUGGACAGGAACAGUUUCAACGACUCAACAACACAGGCAGAAUGGACCUCGAAAAAGCUCGUGUGGGUGCCACACGAGAACCAGGGAUUCGUCUCUGCAGGAAUCAAGGGCGAGCGCGGCGACGAGGUCGAGGUGGAGAUCGCCGAGACCGGCAAGAGGAUCCUCGUCGCCAAGGACGAUAUCCAGAAGAUGAACCCGCCCAAGUUCGACAAGGUCGAGGACAUGGCAGAGCUCACCUGUCUCAACGAAGCCUCCGUCCUACAUAACCUCAAGGACCGCUACUACUCCGGACUCAUUUACACGUACUCCGGUCUCUUCUGCGUCGUAGUUAAUCCAUACAAGAGACUGCCAAUUUACACAGAAAAAAUUAUGGAAAGGUAUAAGGGAAUCAAAAGGCACGAAGUUCCACCACACGUUUUUGCCAUUACAGACACUGCCUAUCGCUCGAUGCUACAAGAUCGUGAGGACCAAUCAAUUUUGUGUACCGGAGAAUCCGGUGCUGGUAAAACCGAAAAUACGAAAAAAGUCAUUCAGUACCUGGCAUACGUUGCUGCUUCGAAACCAAAAUCGAACGCGACUCCAAGUCCGGCGUUAAUCAUAGGUGAACUUGAACAACAGCUUUUGCAAGCCAAUCCUAUUCUGGAAGCUUUUGGAAAUGCGAAGACUGUCAAGAAUGACAACUCGUCACGAUUUGGAAAAUUCAUUAGGAUUAAUUUUGAUGCUUCUGGUUAUAUUGCCGGAGCAAAUAUCGAGACAUAUCUUCUCGAAAAGUCGAGGGCUAUUCGACAGGCCAAGGAUGAAAGAACUUUCCACAUAUUUUACCAGUUGCUGGCAGGAGCAUCUCCAGAGCAAAAGAAGGAAUUUAUUCUGGAGGAUCCAAAGCUCUAUCCGUUUUUGUCGAGCGGAGCGCUCCCCGUGCCAGGAAUGGACGACGCUGCCGAAUUUUUCUCGACCGUGAAAGCAAUGAACAUAAUGGGAAUGACAAAUGAGGACUUUUCCUCGAUUUUCCGCAUAGUCUCGGCAGUGAUGCUCUUUGGCUCGAUGCAAUUUCGCCAGGAGCGCAAUUCGGAUCAAGCGACCCUUCCCGACAAUACAGUGGCGCAGAAAAUUUCCCACCUGCUCGGUCUGAGCGUCACCGAAAUGACGAAGGCCUUCCUGAAGCCGCGGAUCAAGGUCGGCAGGGAUUUUGUGACGAAGGCCCAGACGAAGGAGCAGGUGGAGUUUGCCGUCGAGGCAAUAUCAAAGGCCUGCUACGAGAGGAUGUUUCGCUGGCUCGUCAAUCGGAUCAAUCGCUCCCUCGACCGGACGAAACGACAGGGCGCCAGUUUCAUCGGGAUUCUGGAUAUGGCGGGCUUUGAGAUUUUCGAGCUCAACUCGUUUGAGCAGCUCUGCAUCAACUACACGAACGAGAAGCUCCAGCAGCUCUUCAAUCACACGAUGUUCAUUCUCGAGCAGGAGGAGUAUCAGCGCGAGGGCAUCGAGUGGAAGUUUAUCGACUUUGGUCUCGAUCUCCAGCCGACAAUUGACCUCAUCGACAAGCCGAUGGGAAUAAUGGCGCUGCUUGAUGAGGAGUGCUGGUUCCCGAAGGCGACGGACAAGACUUUUGUCGAGAAACUCGUUGGCGCGCACAGUGUGCAUCCCAAGUUUAUGAAGACGGAUUUCCGGGGAGUCGCGGACUUUGCGAUUAUUCAUUAUGCGGGCAAGGUCGACUAUUCGGCGGCCAAGUGGCUCAUGAAGAAUAUGGAUCCGCUGAACGAGAAUAUUGUGAGUCUGCUGCAGGCCUCGCAGGACGCCUUUGUCUGUCAUAUUUGGAAGGACGCGGAAAUUGUGGGCAUGGCGCAGCAGGCCCUGACAGACACGCAAUUUGGCGCGCGAACGCGCAAGGGAAUGUUUAGGACGGUGUCGCAGCUCUACAAGGAACAGCUUGCCAAACUGAUGGUCACGCUAAGAAAUACAAAUCCGAAUUUUGUCAGGUGCAUCAUUCCAAAUCAUGAGAAGAGAGCCGGGAAAAUUGAUGCGCCCCUGGUUUUGGAUCAGCUCAGGUGCAACGGAGUGCUCGAGGGCAUUCGAAUCUGUCGACAGGGAUUCCCGAAUAGGAUUCCUUUCCAGGAGUUUCGACAGCGGUAUGAGCUCUUGACGCCGAAUGUCAUUCCGAAAGGGUUCAUGGAUGGGAAGAAGGCUUGUGAAAAGAUGAUACAAGCCCUGGAACUCGAUCCGAAUUUAUACCGCGUCGGACAGUCGAAAAUUUUCUUCCGCGCCGGAGUUUUGGCCCAUCUGGAGGAGGAAAGAGACUACAAGAUCACAGACCUGAUAGUCAACUUUCAAGCGUUCUGUCGCGGCUUUCUGGCACGACGCAACUAUCAGAAGCGUCUCCAGCAGUUGAACGCCAUUCGCAUAAUUCAGAGAAACUGUGCCGCCUAUCUGAAACUCCGCAAUUGGCAGUGGUGGCGCUUGUACACAAAAGUGAAGCCACUCCUCGAGGUGACCAAGCAGGAGGAGAAACUCACGCAGAAGGAGGACGAGUUGAAGCAGAUUCGCGACAAAUUGGAGAAUCAAGUGCACAAUGCGAACGAGUACGAGCGCAAGUAUCAGCAGGCGAUCGAGGAGAAGACUAUGCUCGCGGAGCAGUUGCAGGCCGAGGUGGAACUCUGCGCGGAAGCUGAGGAAAUGAGAGCGAGACUGGCGGCCCGCAAACAGGAGCUCGAGGAGAUUCUUCAUGAUUUGGAGGCGAGAAUCGAGGAGGAGGAGGAGCGCAGUACGGCUCUGAUACAGGAGAAGAAGAAGCUGCAGUUGAAUAUCAGCGAUUUGGAGGAGCAGCUGGAGGAGGAGGAGGGCGCGCGGCAAAAGUUGCAGCUUGAGAAGGUGCAGUGUGACGGGAAAUUGAAGAAACUCGAGGAGGAUCUCGCGCUUGCGGACGACACGAAUCAGAAGCUGCUCAAGGAGAAGAAGCUUCUUGAGGAGCGAGCAAAUGACUUGUCGCAGGCCCUGGCUGAGGAGGAGGAGAAGGCGAAGCAUCUUGCGAAAUUGAAGGUGAAGCAUGAAGCUACCAUUGCGGACUUGGAGGAGCGCCUGCUCAAGGAUCAUCAGCAGCGACAGGAGGUGGAUCGGUCCAAGCGGAAGGUGGAGACUGAGGUCUCGGAUCUGAAGGAGCAGAUUUCGGAGAGGAAGGCCCAGGUGGAGGAGUUGCAGCUGCAGUUGGGCAAGCGCGAGGAAGAGCUGACACAGGUGAUGACGAAAAUUGACGAGGAGAGUGCGGCAAAAGCUCAGGCGCAGAAGGCUCUCAGGGAAUUGGAGUCGCAACUUGCCGAGCUGCAGGAGGAUCUCGAGGCGGAGAAAAUGGCGCGAGGCAAAGCGGAGAAAUUGAAGCGUGACUUGAAUGAGGAAUUGGAGGCGCUGAAGAAUGAGCUGCUCGACUCGUUGGACGUGACUGCCGCUCAGCAGGAGUUGCGCAGCAAGCGCGAGCAGGAAGUGGCCACUCUGAAGAAGAAUCUCGAGGAUGAGACGUCGGUUCAUGAGGCUACUCUGGCGGAGAUGCGUCACAAGCACACGCAAGAGUUGACGGUGAUCAAUGAGCAGAUGGACGCGCUGAAGAAGGCGAAGGCGGCUCUGGAGAAGGCGAAGGGAACCUUGGAAGCCGAGAAUGCCGACAUGGCGACUGAAUUGCGAUCUGUGAGUGCGAGUCGACAAGAGUCGGAUCGCAGGCGCAAACAGGCGGAGCAGCAGUUGGUGGAGGUGAAUGCGAAACUCGUUGAGAUUGAGCGAGUCAAGGUGGAAUUGACGGAGAAGAUGGUGAAGUUGCAGCAGGAGGCUGAGAGUGUCUCGCAGCAGUUGGAAGCUGCGGAGUUGAAAGCCUCGGCAGCUGUGAAAGCCUCGGCGACCUGUGAAUCACAGUUUACGGAACUGCAGCAGCAACUCGAGGAAGAGACGCGGCAAAAGUUGGCUCUCAGCUCGAAACUCCGGGCUCUUGAGAGCGAGAAGGAUACUCUGCACGAUCAGCUCGAGGAGGAGGAGGAGGCGAAGCGAACGCUGGAGAAGCAGGUGGCGAGUCUGAAUAUUCAGCUGACGGAGGUGAAGAAGCGCGCCGACGAGGAGUCGGAGACAGCGGCUGCUCUCGAGGAGGCGCGUAAGCGGUGCAUGAAGGACAUUGAGGCGCUGCAGCGACAGGUGGAGGAGCUCCAGGCGGCCAAUGACAAGCUCGACAAGUCGAAGAAGAAGAUCCAGGCGGAGUUGGAGGACAGUACAAUUGAGCUGGAGGUUCAGCGUGGCAAGGUGAUUGAGUUGGAGAAGAAGCAGAAGAAUUUCGACAAGGUGCUGCUCGAGGAGAAGGCUGUGUCGGAGCAGUAUGCUGAGCAGAGGGACGCGGCGGAGCGUGAGGCGCGUGAGAAGGAGACGCGAGUGCUCUCGUUGACGCGCGAGCUCGACGACUUGAACGAGAAGGUCGAGGAGUUGGAGCGAGGCCGUCGGGGACUCCAGGCCGAGUUGGACGAGCUCGUGAAUAAUCAGGGAACGGCCGACAAGAAUGUGCACGAGCUCGAGAAGGCGAAGCGAGCCCUCGAGUCGCAGUUGGCCGAGCAGAAGACGCAGACCGAGGAGUUGGAGGACGAGCUGCAGAUAACGGAGGAUGCGAAAUUGCGACUCGAGGUGAAUAUGCAGGCGCUGAGGGCGCAAUUUGAGCGGGAUCUGCAGGCGAAGGAGGAGCAGGCGGAGGAGAAGAGGCGAGGUCUGGUGAAGCAGUUGCGCGAUUUGGAGGCGGAAUUGGAGGACGAGAGGAAGCAGCGCGCUGCGGCAAUUGCCCAGCGGAAGAAGAUGGAGGCGGACUACAAGGACAUUGAGCAGCAGCUCGAGAUGCACAACAAGGUGAAGGAGGACGCGCUCAAGCAGCUGAAGAAGCUCCAGGCGCAGAUUAAGGAUUGUACACGAGAGACGGAGGAGGCGCGAGCGGCACGGGAUGAGUUGGCCGCGGCCUCGAAGGAAACCGAGCGAAAGGUGAAGGGUCUCGAGGCGGAACUGCUGCAGUCGAGUGAGGAUUUGACGAGUAGCGAGCGGGCGAGACGAGCGGCCGAGAAUGAGCGCGACGAGCUCCAGGAGGAGUUGAACAAUAAUGUGAAUAAGGGAACGCUGAUGUUGGACGAGAAGCGUCGACUCGAGGCGCGAAUUGCGACCCUCGAGGAGGAGUUGGAGGAGGAGCAGUCGAACAGUGAGAUUUUGAUGGAUCGGGCGCGAAAGGGACAGAUAACGGUCGAGCAGUUGACGACGGAUUUGGGAACGGAACGUUCAACGACCCAGAAACUGGAGUCGCAGCGAAUGCUCCUCGAGCGGCAGAACAAGGAACUGAAGGCGAAAUUGGCGGAGCUUGAGACGGCGCAGCGCGCCAAGACCAAGGCGACCAUUCAGGCGCUCGAGUCGAAGAUCAAUAAUUUGGACGAGCAGCUGGAGACGGAGGCGAAGGAGCGAUUUGCCCAGCAGAAGAUUAAUAGGAAGUUGGACAAGAAGCUGAAGGAGUUGAGUUUGCAGUUGGAGGACGAGAGGAGGAAUGCGGAUCAGUACAAGGAGCAGAUGGAGAAGGUGAAUACGCGAAUGAAGAGUUUGAAGAGGCAGUUGGACGAGUCGGAGGAGGAGAUUAGCAGGCACAAGGCGCUCAAGAGGAAAGCCCAGAGGGAGAUGGAUGAUAUGCUCGAGUCGCAUGAGGUUCUCACGCGUGAAGUCGCCAAUUUGAAGAAUAAACUUAGUGAAGUAGAUCAAAAGGCGCAAAAUAACAGCCGCCCGUUGGGUUCCUAUCGUGGAUAUUGGAAGGAUGAACUUGUAAACACUUUUAGCGUGCGUGGAGGUCCACCAAUAAGUUUGAGCUCGUCGAGAUUGAAGCGCGGCUCAAUGCAGACCGGAGGUUCUGGCGACGAUUCAACAACACAGGACGAGAGCAUCGACGGCGAGGAAAACACAAAUUGAAGCCAGACAUCGGCUGCUGCUACGGAAAUCUGCAGCCAUAAUGCAUAAUAAUUCGUGAGAAAGCGAAUUGAAUUGAAUUUUGAAAAAGAAGAGAGUGUCUCUGUCUGAGUCUCGCGAUAAUUUAACAAACAAACAAACAACACAUAGAGUAGUGAGUCGUCAUUAGAUCGGGUUAUUUGUCGCUUCCGGUAACAAAAUUUGCAGAAGCGAUUCGCGAUAAUUGGUGGCAAUUGGCCUACCAAUUGAUGAAUUGCCGGUGAUGCAAUUUUGUCGGCUAGGACUCGAGAAAAACGAUCGGAAGAAGAGAGUCUCACGUCGCAUGCAGGUGAUAGGAAUCAAUUCUUUCUUCUUCUUCUUUUUCUUCAUUUUUUUUAUUUUUUUUUUUAUACAUAUAUAUAUAUAGUAGUAAUAUACGAUUUUCCGUAAGAUGCCAUCAAGCGAAGAAAGAAAGAGCACAGAGUUUAAUGAGAAAAAAAUGUACAUAACUUUACAGCUUACUAAUCGUGGGAUAGAAAAGAAAAAAGCAGAUUAUUGAUGCUGCAAUAAUUGAAAUAACUGAAUAACAAACAAACAAACACUCUUAGGUAGUAUUAAGACAUUAAUUAAUUAUUAAUUAUUAUUAUUAUUGAUAUGUUAUUAUUAUAUUAUUAUUUUAUAACUAUUACGAUCAGCAUCCUCCCACACAGGCUAGUACAGUAAUUAUUAAUGUAUUUUAAUAAUUAACUAAUAAUAUAAGAAUCAUUAAAGUGAGAGAUGACAAUGAAGCAGAGCUGCAUAUAUCAAAGAGUGCAAGUUGGUUUCAUUUUAAAAGGUUUUUAGAUUCAAUAUUUUCCUUUCACUCUAUUUGAUCCGGUCUUUGUGGCCCUCUUUUUUUUUUGAAAAAGGAAAAAAAAGAGAAGAUUUCUUAGAAUUUACAUUCUCACGUGCAUUUAUACACUUUUUUUUUUCUUUUGCAGUAUACAUGAUGUAUGUAUUUAUAUACAUAUUAUACAUAUUUAAUUAACAUAUUUAAUUGAAUAAUUAAUUUAAUUAAAAUUAAGGUUCUUUCAUUCCUCCGGGCUUUUAUUGCAGAGCGCAUUUUUUUUUCUCGAUAAAGCAAAAAUAUCAAGUGUGAACUUGAAGCUGAUUUAUUAUUAUUUUUUUCCUCGUCUUAAUAAUAUUGUACUUAAGCUCUUGUAGUGUGGAAGUUUGAACCUUUUGAAAUGAAAUGAAUGGCAGUGCCUUGCAGGCUCAAAGUGAUAUCGCGAGUUUUUCGGAAGAAAAAAAAAACAAAAACGCACGAGAAUAGAGUCCGAUUGACUCUAAUCGAGAAACGAAUCUUAAAUGCAGAUAAGUAUAGAAGAAGAAAAAAACAAACACACACGCAGACAGACACAAAAAAACAUCGAGAAGAUGCUGAAGAUCGUAUAGAAAUUGUGUAAUUUGUAAACUGCCGAUAAAUCGUAUGAUGUUUGUAAAGACGGAAUUUUAUACCUACAUUUUUUAUAGGCAUUUUAUAAAAUUCUUUGUAUUCAGAGGUAUUUACAAGGUUGUAGUAGCUAGUAUAUUUUUUGAUGCAAGUAAGCUACAAGCGAGAAGACGAAAUAUACUUUUACCGAGAAUGUACUAUACUAUAAUUGCCUUUGAAAUUCGAUAUCUGCAUGUUUAAA